UUACAAUAUAAGAAUGCCUGCAAUUCUCUAAUGCUGCCAGGUAAUCCUCCUAAUGUUUUGAAAAAGCUAUCGAUAACUAGAAUAUCUGUCAAUGUUGUGAUGUCGUUUGUCUAUGAUUACCAGUAAUAAUAAAGAAGAGAAAAGAUUGUUUUUAAAUGUUUAUUUCUUUAAAAUAAUGUAAUUUAUAUAAUAUAACAAAUAUCAUGAGUAAAAAAUGGUUAUCUUCUAUGCUAACGAUUGGUUCGGUAGCUUUAAGUUCGUAUUAUUAUGGUGCUUACCGUGAAAAGCAAAAAUUGCUGGGAAAUGGGCGCUUGGACAGCAAGCAACAAUUGGAACUCUUGCAUAAGCACAUUUCAAAACCCGCUUUUCCUUUAUUUGCUACGGUAUCAGCUGCAGAACUUGCGGUAAUGCCUGAAGUUAAUUUAACGGCCACUCCAUUGAGAAUUUCACAAAUUAUGAAAUACGGUUUCCCAAGCUUAGAUAACGUUCGUUCUUAUUCUGACUUUGUAUUAAGUUACGAUCGCCGGAAUCGUGUACCUAAUUGGGUAUUUGAGCAUCUAACACCGUUAUCAGUAGCCAAAAAUGAAGAAGUCGAUCGAGCGAAGUGCGAUUUUAAAGCAGAUGAGAGUAUACAUCCCUAUUUUCGUUCUCAAAAUUCCGAUUAUUUUCGUUCCGGGUUUGAUCGUGGCCACAUGGCCGCAGCUGGGAAUCAUCGGCUUCAUCAAAAACACUGUGAAGAUACGUUUUUUCUUACCAAUAUGGCGCCGCAAGUCGGUCAAGGCUUUAAUCGUGACGCUUGGAAUCGUUUAGAAAUGUACGUACGCAAGCUAACAAAGAUCUAUCCUAAUAUUUAUGUAUGCACCGGCCCUCUAUAUCUACCACAUCGAGAAGACGAUGGUAAAAACUAUAUCAAAUAUCAAGUGAUAGGCACAAACAAUGUGGCUGUGCCAACACAUUUUUACAAAGUCGUAGUGGCUGAGUCUACGGACGGGCAACUGGAUAUGGAAGCUUACAUAAUGCCUAACCAAGUGAUAAGUGAUGACACGCCUUUGCAAAUAUUUCAGGUACCUCCUGAAUCUAUAGAGCGAGCAGCUGGUUUAUUGUUCUUCGACAAAGUGAAUAAAAAACAACUGGUGAAAAUAAAUGGUAAAAAAGUGUAGUUCUUCAAAAUUGAUUAAAUGCUCUAAAUCUUUAGUGCAAUAUUAAAUCUUGUUAAUUUGGGGAUUGAGUUUUACGUUUUUAUUAUUUAUAAUUAUUUCUUGUUUUAUUUUUAAAUAAAAUUAACUGCAAACGUACCGUAUUGCGAUGCCCACCGCUUGAUACGAACAAGUUAACAACAUUUUUAUCGGCUAAGGCCCACUACAAUUCAGAAAUAAGGAAAAAC